CCAAGAAAGUCUGCCAGCUUUGCUGGGUUCUGUAUAAAACCUUUUUAACAACAACUUGAAACAAGUCAUGGCAGCUGACACCUGACACCACACACACACAAAUAUAGAUCCCCCUGAAUCUCCCGUCACUUUGCUUUUUCCCCUCACCCAAGUCAGGACUCUAACGCGCCCCGGGAAGCACCAUGUCGGACCAGUCGGCCUUUGACACGGACGUGUGGACGCUGACCCGCUUCGUUAUGGAGAUGGGUCGCCAGGUCAAAGGGGCGACAGGCGAGCUGACACAGCUGCUCAACUCCAUGAUGACCGCCAUCAAGGCCAUCUCAUCGGCCGUGCGCAAGGCCGGCCUGGCCCACUUGCAGGGCAUGGCGGGCUGCGUGAACGUGACGGGGGACGACGUGAAGAAACUGGACGUGCUGUCCAAUGACCUGGUGAUCAACAUGCUGAAGGCCUCCUACGGCACCUGCUGCAUGGUCUCCGAGGAGGACAAGGGCCUCAUCAUCACGCCCAAAGACAAGAGGGGCAAGUACGUGGUGUGUUUUGACCCCCUGGAUGGUUCCAGUAAUAUUGACUGCCUGGCUUCCAUCGGCACCAUCUUUGCAAUCUAUAAACGGGUGACGGAGGGCGAGCCGACCGAGGAGGAUGCCCUCCAGCCGGGCAGCAACAUGGUGUGCGCCGGUUACGCCCUCUAUGGAAGCGCCACCUUGGUGGCCCUCAGCACCGGUGCUGGCCUCAACUUUUUCAUGCUGGAUCCAGCUAUCGGUGAGUUCAUCCUGACUGAGAAGAACGUGAAGAUCAAACCCAGGGGGAAAAUCUACAGUUUGAACGAGGGCUACGCAAAGUACUUCCACCCCUCUGUCAACCACUACAUCAACCACAAGAAGAAUCCCGAGGACGGCGGUACGCCAUACGGCGCACGCUACGUCGGCUCCAUGGUGUCGGACGUCCACCGCACCAUCACGUACGGGGGCAUAUUCAUGUACCCGGCCAACCAAAAAAGCCCGGAAGGGAAGCUGCGCCUACUAUACGAGUGCAACCCAAUCGCAUUCUUGGUGGAGCAGGCAGGUGGUGUGGCCACGACUGGAACUCAGAGGGUCCUGGACGUGCAGCCCCGGGCCCUCCACCAGCGGGUGCCCUUCGUGGUGGGCUCGCCUGAUGACGUCAAUGAGUAUUUGACUUUUGUCAACAAGUAUCAGUAAUGAGUUCGUCUCUUGUCAUCAGUAUGCCUAAGGGCUUCCACACUUUGACCAAAAAAGGCAGUCAAACAUUUCAGCUCUUUUUGUUUAUUUAUUUAUUUAUUUAUUUAUUUAUUUAUUUAUUUUAUCCCAAAUCCCAAACUCAGUAAAAAUUUCAUGUUUUUUGAUAAGAAGAGAACAUUUACUGUUUUUAAGUCAAUUGUUUCUUUGGAUUCAGGGUUUUUCGUUUUAAUCUUGCAAAAUGAUUGUGUGUUUUUAUAGCUAAAAUAUUUGUUGUUUUACAACUACACUUUGUGUUUGUGUAAAACAUUCAUUUUUUCUGACAUUUCAAAAAAUGGGAUAUGUAUGGAAGGUAAUAUCUGGCAAGAUUUUCACUUUAGUCCCUCCCCCUCGGCCUUGACCACGCCCCUCAGCUACGUCAUGCAGCGGUGCAUUUGUACAGUGUACACAAACUGAUGUUAACCACCGUGGCAACAUUGCAAGUUGAGAUGUUUCCAAAACCCAAAAUGUUACCCAUAUUAUUAAUUAUUUGCCAUGUACAAUCAAUUAAAAAUACUUGCUCAACUCAC